AUGCUGAACCUCCUACCGAAAAGAUCGGUUGCCGUAUCGCUGCUGCAGGGCAAGAGGGCCCUCCAGCGCGUUCAGGUCGGCAGCGGCAAGCACCAGUUGGAGCUGCCUCAGGCUUCGGUUGACGCGCUGUACAGCAAGAUCAACACGACGGAUGCCUACCACAACAAAGAUUUCCAGCCUCUCCCGUGGAAGGAUUUCUUCAGCAUGAAGCUGAGCUCCUUCUACCUGCUAGAGGCCGCGCAGAGUCCAGACGAGACGAAAUCCGCGCUGAGAGAUCUGCAUUGGUUCGGAGACCUCGCCAAUAUUUACCAAACCAACGCUGCCCUCACUGCAGCAGACGCAACUGCCACGGCUGCAGCUGCUGUGGCUGCCACCCCCCCCACGCCUUUUCCGAUGCGCAAGUGA